GUCUAUAAUAGUUCUAGGGAAGUAUCUAUUCUUCAUAAAGCCGUCGGCAGGUAGGAGUGUGUGAGCGAAGGUGGGGUUUCCCUGGCUAUGUUUCUACAAACUGAUUACGUUUAGAAAGAAAAUGAGGGUUUACAGUUCGUGUUUAUUUUCGCUUGUCUGUGCAUUUCUAGGAUUGACGUAUUCGCAAACAUUAAACCCAGAUGAAAUUGCCCUCUUCCCAGUGAUAUUUAAUUUAGCUUCACAUGCCAGUAUCAAAGCUAAUGCCACUUGUGGAGAAAAUGAACCAGAAGUGUUUUGCAAAUUAGUCGAACAUGUUCGGAUAUUUCCUGCUGAAAACCUCCAUUGCGAUGUAUGUGAUUUACGUGGAAAUAACAGAAAACAGAUGCAUCCUAUCUCAAAUGCUAUCAAUGGUCGAAACACUUGGUGGCAGAGCCCUUCAAUAACAAAUGGUCGUCAGUUAAACUUUGUCACAGUAGAAAUAGAUCUUGGUCAGGUUUAUCAGAUAGCAUAUAUCAUCAUAAAGGCAGCUAAUGCUCCCAGACCAGGUAACUGGAUAUUAGAAAAGUCUAUAGAUGGUAUAACAUAUACACCUUGGCAAUAUUUUGCUAUUAGUGAUAGAGAGUGUAGAGAAUUUUAUAAUGUUCAACCUGCUAUUGGUGUUCCUAAAUUCACCAGAGAUGACCAGGUUAUUUGUACCUCGAGAUAUUCUCGUCUUGACCCUUUAGAGAAUGGUGAAAUAUUUGUAUCAUUGGUUAAUGGUAGACCAGGUGUUGAAGAGCCAUCUCAAACUUUACUGGAUUUUACCUCUGCAAGAUAUAUACGUAUUAGACUUCAAAAGAUACGAACAUUACAUGCUGAUUUGAUGACCUUCCAAAACAACAAAAACCUGAAAGAUUUGGAUCCUACUGUCACUAGGAGGUAUUUUUAUUCUAUAAAAGAUAUAUCUAUUGGAGGGCAGUGUAUAUGUUAUGGACAUGCUAGACUAUGUAGACCCAAAGAUGGUAAUCGUACAAAUCUACAAUGUCAGUGUGAACACAACACUUGUGGUAAAAACUGUGAAGAAUGCUGCCCUGGAUUUAACCAAAAACAAUGGGGAAGAGGCAAAAAUGGUAAUGGUUUCCAAUGUGAAGCGUGCAAUUGUCACGGACAAGCUAGUGAUUGUGUAUAUAAUAGUACGAUAGCAGCUCUAGGUCUGAGUUUAAAUAAACAAGGUCAAUAUGAUGGAGGUGGUGUCUGUAUCAAUUGUCAGGAUAAUACAAGUGGUGUUAAUUGUGAGACUUGUAUUGAAGGAUAUUAUAGACCAGCUGGAAUAGCAGCUACUACUGACCAACCAUGUAGACGAUGUAACUGUCAGGAAACACAGACUUCCACCUCAAGAUGUUUGCCAGAUGACACAAAACUACAUGAAGAUCUGAAACCUGGAGACUGUAUUUGUAAACCUUUGUUUGGAGGUAAAAGAUGUGAACGGUGUCAGUUUGGUUACUAUGACUACCCCAACUGUAAACCAUGUCCAUGUAAUCCAGCAGGAAGUGCUAAUCCUGAAAUAUGUGAUAGAAGAUGUGUGUGUAAGAGAAAUGUAGAAGGUGUUAACUGUGAUCAGUGUCGGCCUGGGUACUUUAACCUGGAUAGAAAGAAUCCUAAUGGAUGUACAAAAUGUUUCUGUUUUGGUGCUACAACAAUUUGUAACAGUACUGACUGGGGAAAAUCUCAAGUAACAGAAAUGAAUGGUUGGGUUUUAACCACAAGGAUGACAGAUGGUUUAACAUUAUUACCUAGAUCAUUUAAUGGUUGGCUGGAAGCUAAAACUUACAUUUUAAGUGGGAAUGGUGUGGAAGGAACCAGUACAUGGCCAAUCACAGGAACAGAUAUACAUUAUUGGUUGGCACCAAUGGUUUUUACUGGAAAUAGACUGUCAUCAUAUGGUGGUAUGUUAAAGUUUACUAUAAAGUAUAUAUUAGACUCAAGUUUUGAACAGAAAUAUCAUCUGAGUGAACCGGAUAUAAUUAUUGAAGGUGGAGGCAUGAUGAUAACUAAUGGACAACAGUAUCUACGAGAAGAAGUAGAAAAUCGUGUCAAUCUUAGAUUGGUGGAAUCAGAAUGGAAAAAGUUAAGUUCUGUAAAUAACAGAUUAGUUGAGGAUACAUUAAGUAAAGGCGACAUGAUGAUGGUGUUACAGAGUUUAAUGAGGGUAAUGAUUAGAGCUACUUAUCAUACAGCACAGGAUACAGUCUUUUUAAGAGAUGUAUCUUUAGAUGUAGUAAGUCCAACAUCUAGUAGUGAUAUAACUAUAAGUUCUGUAGAGAAAUGUCAAUGUCCACCUGGGUAUGCUGGUUUGUCAUGUGAGAGUUGUGCACCAAGUUGGAGAAGACAAAAUGGUGUUUUAUAUAAUGGUAUUUGUCUACAGUGUAAUUGUAAUCAGCAUUCGUCAGAUUGUAAUGAUGCAGGCACGUGUUUGAAUUGUAGACAUUAUACUACUGGUAAGAACUGUGAGAGAUGUAUUAAGGGUUACUAUGGGGACCCUAGAAGAGGAUCUGAAGAUGACUGCCAACCAUGUGCUUGUCCUAUGCGUAACACAGAAAAUAAUUUUGGAGAUGGGUGUGUGUAUAGUCCAACUCUUGAUAAUAGAUUUGAUUAUCAGUGUAUGGACUGUAUGAUGGGAUAUGCAGGCAAACACUGUGAAAUGUGUGCCCCUGGUUACUAUGGUAACCCGAUGAUGUUAGGAGGAUCAUGUAAGCUAUGUCAGUGUAGUGGUAAUAUUAAUAUGGAUGUAUCCAGUAGUUGUAAUAAUGUGACUGGUGAAUGUCAACAAUGUGGCCAUAAUACGGAGGGUAUAUAUUGUAAUAGAUGCAAAUCAGGAUAUUACGGUUCAGCAGUGGAUGGAGAUUGUACAGCAUGUAAUUGUAAUGUAGAUGGUUCAUAUAAUAGUUAUACAUGUCAAAAGUAUGGACAGUGUUCAUGUCAUCCUAGAUAUCAAGGUUUACAAUGUAAGGAUUGUCAGGUAGGAUAUUGGAAAUCAAAUGAUGGAAGAGGAUGUUUACCCUGUCAUUGUAGUUUAAUUGGUUCUAGAAGUAAUGAAUGUGAUACCAGAACAGGGCGAUGUACAUGUCGUCAGGGUAUUGGUGGUAGACAAUGUGAUCAAUGUUUACCUGGCUACUAUGGUUUCGACUAUAUUGGUUGCAGAGAAUGUGAACCAUGUACUAAACGAGGACAUAUUUGUGACCCUGUAAGUGGUAGAUGUGUCUGUCCACCAUUAACUACAGGUUUGAGUUGUGAGAGAUGUGAAGAUUAUAGUUGGAGUUAUGAUCCACGUACUGGUUGUAAGUCGUGUAAUUGCAGUUCACAAGGUUCUAGAGUGAAACAGUGUAAUAAAGAUACAGGUGCAUGUUUAUGUGAAUCUAACUAUGAAGGAUAUAGUUGUGAUCAGUGUUUAUAUGGUUAUUAUAAUUUUCCUAUAUGUGAUAGAUGUAACUGUAAUAGUAACGGUACUAAACAAGAAUCCUGUAAUAGUCAAGCAGUUUGUCAGUGUAAUUAUUCUGGUCAAUGUCAGUGUAAGUUGAAUGUAGAAGGAAGACGAUGUGACAACUGUAAAAGAAACUCAUUUGGUUUUGAUCUAACAAAUCCAUAUGGCUGUACACAAUGCUUCUGUUUUGGCAGAAGUCAGACUUGUCAACAAUCUUCAUAUGCAUGGACAACAAUCAAUCUACCUGUACAGCGAAUACUUAUUAACCCAUCUGCUGAACAUAUGGUUUAUAAAUUUUUUGGCUAUGAUGCAAUAGCAACUGGCAUUAAAAGUGUUAAAGUUCCUGAAAAUGAUGUCAAUAAUAUUUUAUAUUGGAGUUUACCUGAAGCUAUGUUGGGAGAUAAGAUUCUAUCUUAUAAUGGUAAACUUGAUAUUGUUCAUUAUUUUGAGUCCAGCUAUCAUAAUUCGAGUUACAGUAAAGAUGUCCCACCUAUAGCUAUUAUUAUUGGGAAUGGAAUUAAGAUUCACUAUGUAGAUAAUUUGACAUUAGAAUCUGCCAACCCUCAGGGAUUUUCUGUACAGCUGCAUGAGUAUUAUUGGCGUCAACCAGGUUCCAGAAAUCCAAUCAGCAGAGCUUUAAUGAUGGUUGUUUUACAAGAUAUAAAGGCUAUACUCAUACCUGCUACCAGUGAUGGUAAAGCUAAUUAUGCAGAAUUGGGUCCAGUAGGUCUACAGAUUGCUAAACCAGUUCAAGGAACUGGAAUGGGUGUAGCUUCAGGGGUUGAAUAUUGUACAUGUCCUAAAAGAUAUUCUGGUGAUUCUUGUCAGAACCCUGGUGAAGGUUAUUAUCGUGAUAGAAUCAAUGGAACGUCAUCAAGACCUGAAACCAUCAUAGGUGACGUUAAACCAUGUCAAUGUAACAAUCAUGCUGACAAGUGUGACAUUGAUACUGGAAAAUGCAUAAACUGUGCUGACAAUACUUAUGGUAAGAAUUGUGAGUUAUGUGCCCCUGGUUAUCAUGGUAUAUCAAUACGUGGUACAUCUAGAGACUGUGUACCAUGUGCUUGUCCUGGUACUGACAAACAAAACAAUUUUAGUCCUACGUGUGAAAGUCGUAAUGGUAAAUUGAUUUGUACCAACUGUUCAUUAGGUUAUGAAGGAGAAAGAUGUGAAAGAUGUACAGUAGGAUAUUAUGGUAAUCCAUCUAAACUGGGUGAUGUAUGUAAACCAUGUUUAUGUAAUCCUGAAGGUUCGGUAUUUCCUGAAUGUGACCGUCUUUCAGGUAAAUGUCAUUGUUUACCUGGUAUUGGUGGAUUGAAAUGUAAUCUGUGUGAACCAGGGUAUGCCGUGCAAAAUGGAUCUUGUACCUCUUGUUUUUCUGGUUGUACUGGUCUAUUGUUGUCAGAUUUACAAGACUUUAACGUCACGUUAUUACACUUUAAUAUUUCUGUACCACUUCCUUGGAAUCAACUUCAUAAAAUAAAAAACACAACCUAUAUUUUAGCGGAAUUAUUGAAAUCUGCUAAUUAUCAAGGAUCGAAAGAAUUUGCAGAGUAUGAGAAUAGUACAAAAUUCUUUGAAGAGGUUGCUAUGAGGCUUAUUAAUAGGGUUGUAUAUAUUCAACAGAAAUCACUAGAAACAACUGAAAUUGUAGAUAACACUUACAGAAAUUCUACACAAUUAGAGAAUGAUAUUAAAGAUAUGUUUCAUGGUAUUAAAGAUGAUGCUAAAAAAUUGGUAAGCUUAAUGCAGAAACUGAUUCUUGAUAAAGUUGGAUUGAAUGUGACCGCUGCACUUGAAGAAGCAAAAACCAUUUAUAGAAACAUAGAGGAUCAGACAAAUUCUAUUUCUGACAGCAAAGCAUAUGAUGAAAAAUGGCUAGCAGAGAAAUUAUUAGAAAGAGUCAUAGACAAGAAUGAAAUGAACUUCAAUGGAAAUAAAGUUACAAAGAAAAUCAAUGAUGCAUUGACAAGUCUUAAAGAUCUCCGGGAGAGAGCUAAAUAUGCUCGUAGAACAGCAAAAAGAGUGAUAGAUGAAGAAUUUGCUAGAUUAGCUACUGUUUUGAUAAAUCUUGAGGAUAAAAUUAAGGAAGCUGGAGACCUGAAAGGUGAUGCUGAUAUUUUAAUUAAAGAUGGCAAAUUCUAUAUAAAAGGUGCCAGAGAUCAUUUAGACCGAUUAAGAGAAAAUUAUAUUGCUCUAGAAAGAAAGGAAUCAUCAUUAGAUACAACAGCUAUUAUAUUAGAUCAGUCGUAUUAUAACUUGAACAAAUUAUUGAGUCGGUCUGCAGAGUAUGGAAGAAGAGCAUGGGAACAUGCUAGAAGAUUAGCAGACACUGCAAGAGAUCUAGACAGAUUGUUUUCUAAAACAAGAGCUGAUGCAAAACUACCACUGAAAGCUGCUAAAGUGUACAGUAAUAUCGUAGAUGCCAUCAACCAGGCCAAAAAUGCUUCAAGAAUAGCCUUACAGACGGCAAGAAGUACAGUUGAUAUAAGUAAUGUAACUGGUCUGCGGAAUGAUGUAACAAAAUCUAUAGAAAAAAGUAAAAGACUGCAAGAAAAAGCGACAAUGACAAAAGAAAAGGGAAUACAAGGUCUAAAUGGUAGAAUGGUUUUAGUUCAAGAUGAUAUAAAUGAUAUAAUGAUGAAGAAUCAGGCCAAUAGAGAUGUGCUUAGAAUGGUUAAUAGAGAUUUAGAUAAUUUACCUAAAGAUCUACAUAAUAAAAUAGAUGAAAUAUCUCGACGUGCUAUGGAUGUUAAUAGACAGGUUAAUAAUACAUCUGGGAGGAUUCAAAGUACAAUUAAUAAAAUCAGUAAGGAAUUAGAACCAGAAUUAAAGAAACUACGUGAUGUUGAUAUGAAGGCUUUAAUAAGUCAUAUACAGCUAUCAACUCACAAUGCUUCAGACAAUGUGAAUAACUUGAAGAACCUUACAGAAAUUGUUAUUGAUAGUUCGAAACAAGCCAAGCGUCUCAAUGCUGAUGUAUCUGGUAAAAUAUUGCGAUUGAGAGAAAAAAUUCGUUUAGCUAGAGAAAUAGCAAAUGAUAUGAAGUUAUCAUUAUCUGGCAAUGGUGAAUGUUUUAGAUCAUUCCGAUCUGUGAGUCAGCCCAGUACAGCUAAUUCUAUAGAUUUUGCAUUUAAAGUUAACAAAACUGUGAAAGACGAAGACAUGUUGUUAGUUUUAUUGCAGAAAUCCCACAAGGAAUAUAUGUCUUUAGAAUUACGCAAUAAAUUUGUUCAUUUCCGCUGGAAUGUUGGUAGCGGUGAAGGAUUAGUUAUACAUGAUCAAGAAGUUACAAUGGCGUCUGAUGAAGCUGUAGAACAAGAUAGAUGGUAUCGUGUUACUGCUAAAAGGAUUGGUAGAAUUGGUUUGUUGAAAGUCAAGUCCAUGGCCAGAUUGGCUCCAGAAACAAAAGAAAGAAAUGCAUCUUCAUCGAUUGGCUCCUCUUUACUUAAAUUUGAUUCUUCAACUGCAGUAUAUUUAGCAGGUUACCCAAAUAAAUAUAAUGUUGCACCAGAUAUAAGUAGUAAUAAGUUAGUUGGUUGUAUUGGAGAUGUUUAUAUCGACGAUGAGAAAGUUGGUGUCUUUAAUUUUAAAAAUUCUGAGUCAUCUUGUCAAGCCUGUGUUGAAGUACCAAGUGAACCAAUUAGUUCAAAUAUAUAUCAUUUUGAUGGAACAGGUUACUCAUCAUUACACAGAGGUCGAUACCGUGAUGAUAAAAUAUAUAUUAGUUUUUCAUUUAAAACCUACUGGGAAAAUGCCAUUUUACAUUUCUCUGGAGAUGAAAUGGGUGAUUUUAUGUCUAUAGAAUUAGUUGGUGGUAAAGUUGUCUUACAGUACUAUAUGGGAGGAAUCAGUAUAGGAAGAAAUAAAACAAACAAAACUUAUAAUACCAAUAAAUGGGUUAAAGUCAAUGUAGAUAGAAAUAAAUUAAAUGCUUUGUUGACAGUAGAUAAUGAACGAAUAUUUAUUUCUUCUACACCUGGUAAAACUGGAUUGGACUUAAAAGAUAGUCCAAUGUUUUUUGGAGGCAUUCCUAAAAGUUUAGAUAUAUCUAAAUUUCAGAAAAUAUCACCCAUAGAGAAUACUAAUUUAUUAGGUUGUAUGAAAGAUGUGUCUGUUGGUGCAAUUAGUGCAGAUGUACAGAAUUUAUUUACUGGUGAUUAUGUUGGUAUGACAGCUGGCUGUAAAGAUGCAGGAGUAAGAACUAUAGGUUUCUAUGGAGAUGGUUAUUCUAUGUAUGAAGGACAAAGUUUAAUUAGUGGUGAUACUGAUAUAUCUGUUUCAUUUGUUACAAAGAAACCUGAUGCAUUAUUACUUUUAUCAACCGAUAUACCUCAAUUAAAUUAUUAUUCCCUGUCUGUAAAGAAUGGUAUUAUUAUUGCCCAGUUUACUGUAGAUUCUGUUGGUGUAUCUUUAGUCAGUAAUUAUAGUUUUAAUGAUGGUUUUCUACAUAAUAUUGGUAUUAUCAAGUCCGGUAGAAGGGUUGCGUUGAUGGUAAAUGAUGAGAAACAUAUGGAAAGACGGCUACCUAGUGGUGCUACUGCAAUAGUUAUAGGUGCUGAUGGUUCCUUAUAUCUAGGUGGUACACAGAGAGGUUUUACUGUAGGUAGUAAUGUACCAACUACACAGAAGUUAGAUGGUUGUCUUAGUAAUAUCAUCAUUAAUGGAGGUUUAAUAGCCUUAGAUAAACCUAAACAAUAUGAACGAGCUGAUAUAGGUAGAUGUUCAUAUGCUGUAUCGCCAUUUCAAAAACAAGAUGAAGACAAAGAAUCGCAGUUUGACACUAAAGAAAAAACUACAACAGCUACUACCACAACUACAACAACACUACCAAGCACAAAUAAACGUGAAAUAACUACAACACUAACAUCAGAAACUACAACUAAGGAAGUUAAGUGUGCAGUUUCAACAUUGCUUAAUUUUUACAGUGGUGCAACAAGUUUCGGUAACACAGAUGCAAGUUAUGCCCAAAUUAAAGUCCAACGUAGAGAUAUUUCGAAAAGUUUCAACAUUUCCUUUGAUUUUCGAACCUUUUACCCAGAUGCUUUAUUUGGAUUUCUGACCAAUGCCGACCACUCUGACUAUAUUGCUGCGCAAUUAAAAGAUGGUUAUAUACAUGUGUCAUAUAUACGUUCAGGUCCUUACAGCACAAGUUCUAAUAACAAAUAUGAUGAUGGCCAAUGGCAUUCUGUAUAUAUUACUAAAGACAAAAGAGAUUUAGCUUUUAUAGUAGAUGGAGUUGAAACUAGGCAAGGUAGAAUCAGAGCUAAGUUAGAUAUAGAUGCUCCUAUAUAUAUAGGUGGUCUACCUGAUGAUUUUGAACAUUCUAAUACAGAAGUUGUGCGUAAUAGUUUACGAGGUUGUAUGAAGAAUCUAAUCAUCAAUAAAGACCAGAUAGAUUUAGCAGAUACUAAAAUCAUCAGUGGUGUAGGACAGUGUUAUAGAGAUGUUGAAAAAGGAGCAUAUUUUACUGGUACCUCAUGGGGAGCUUAUUCAAACAAUGUGAGGGUAAAGAAAGAUUUUAGUAUCGAGUUAUAUUUUAAAACUCAGAAAUCAAAUGGUGUUCUUCUUACUAGCAGUACAGACGAUCUUCAAUCAGCUGUUGCCAUAGAAAUAGUUAAUGGACAGGUAAAGUUUACAAUGAAGAAUGGAGGUUUUUUUAUAACUGUUCAAUCAAAGAUAAGAAAAGAAUUUCAUUAUUGUGACAAAAAAUGGCACAGGGUUCAAGCCAGAUUGUUUGAAUCCAAUUUAGGUCUUAGGAUAGACAAAGACCCAGAGAAUAUAGCUUCCAGUUCUGAAGAAUUUCAAUAUUUUGAAACCCGCUCACCUCUUAUUAUUGGUGGAAUAGCGAGAAUAUUUUCUGCACAAGGAGCAACAUCUAUUACAGUUGGCUAUACUGGGUGUAUGCGUGAUAUAACUAUAGAUAAUCAACCUAUAGGCUGGUAUGAUCUGAUAGAUUUUAAUGGUAUAAGACGAACAGCUUGUCCACAACAAUAAAUAAAUAAUACAUAUCAAUUAACAAUCACUAAUGAAUUAUAAUUAAAAUUAGUUUAAUCUUUAUCAAAAUAAAAUAAUAUUUAAAGAAUAAAAUUUUUAUACACAAGAUUUAAA